AUGGUUAAUAUUCCAUUUUCAAAAUGUAUCCUUGCACUAUUGCUCGCUCUAUUUGUCAUUCCGUCACUCUGCACCCAGUGCACGGUUGACACUUCUGUUUUAUUGCCCGAAGAGAUUAUCACACAAAAUUGGGGUACAGCCUAUACCACUUCCUACUUUGUAGAUGCAGUAGGCACAGCAGAUGUCACCUACUGGAUAGCAAAAACAGAUACUGUAUCAGGAGAUAUUAUUAGAGAAAAUGCAGAUGGAACGAUUCCUUGGGUUCGAAGAUUCACUGUCGGCCAGCAUCCUUAUCCUCACGCUCAUGUUUUAAACAAUGCUGGAUCUAUUCUUUGGUUAGUUGACAAUCAUUCUUCUUUUCCUGGUGUUGAAGUCAUGAAAAUGAAUACUACCGAUGGAACUACAUACUAUUGGCAAAAUGGAAAUGAUGCACUUAAAGGAUGGGGAUCAAAGCCGACUGCAUUUAUUUCAGAUGAUGAUUCUAAAGUAUUUUUUGUUUGUACAGAUUUCGGUAUAUUAAAUGCCUUGGUUUGUGCAUUUGAUACUAGUGUUACUAAUUUCAAGUGCUUUGUCACUGGAAAUGCUUACCCUCAUGGUCUUUUGCGAGUCAGCGACACUAGACUUAUCUUCUUUGGAGUUGACAAAACAACAAAUCACGGAACUCUCUCUAAUGUUGACCCGACUCCAUCCACGCCCACAGCGCACUGGCAAAAUCAGCUGUCUAUCCCUGGAGGCUCAGCAGCAUCGAUGAACAAAGGAGCAGCGACUACGAACACUGACAAAUCUAAAGUAUAUGUCGCCCUUCCAAUUGGAGCAUCCGCUUCUACAACAAUGUUGACCUUCAUGGUCCUAGAGGAAUCCUCUGGGAGCCUCAUAGGAGACAUCUUUGCUUCAGAUGAAGCAGUAACUGAUGUUGAUGAAGUAUAUUACUUCUUUGACAAUAUUUAUAUCUUAGCCCAAGCUAGCAGUGGUGCGAGAUUAUUAGUAUUCAAUAAGUCUUUAUCUAUCUUUGAUAGUGCAGGAUCAAUAUAUCGUGGAAUUUAUUCAGAUGCAAUCAGCGGGAGGCUGAGUCUUAUAGGAGGCAAGUCAAAUAACGCUAUAGUAUAUAAAGCAUUCCCUGAGCAUUUGGGUCUCAAUGGAGAAUUCACUACAUCGUCAAUGACAAUGUCUAUAUCAACAAGUUCAUACGGAUAUUCUGCGAGAACAUAUUCUUAUUCUGCUCAAUCUACCUAUUCUUCAACAGAUCAGAGUGGAGGUCAUCCGAACAUUGCUUCAUCAACAACUGCAACUACUCUUUGGCAAACUUCAGUGAACAGGUUUAAUGAACCUGUAACUAUUGAAGUUAACCCAAGCUUUCCUUUCGACAAGUUUGUCAAUGCUACUUGCUCUAUUGGAACAUCCACUCCAAUCAGCUAUACAUUCACAAAUACUGACAGCGAAAGUAACACUGACUGGCUCACUUUUCAUGAGAGCAACUUGUCUCUGUCUGGAACUCCUCCAGAUAGCGAGAGCGACAAAGUAUAUAAAUACAAUGUUGUAGCUAGUUGGACAACAACUCCUUCAGGAACUUCGACUACAGAGAUCAUUGUAGAUUCAAAGCACAAAGAAGUUACUACUGCUGGAGAUGUUGCAGAAGCUACUGCUCAAGCCCAAGUAGGAAUAGCAGCAGGCAUUGCAGUGUUCAAUGCAGCAUUGACAGGGGCUCCUCCGACUUCUCUUUGGUCAUUACUUAAUCAACUCCAAAUGCUAUUGCUGUUGAUGCUUAUUGAUGAGUACACUCCUUCAGACAUUAAUGAAUUCUUAGAAGGAACAUCCUUUGUAAUGCUUAAUUUCAACUUUCUUCCAGCUGGUGAUAUUCCAGGCAUUGAUAUUCCAAUUGAUUGGUUCGACUUUGGAGAGCCUGGAGAGAAAAUCCAGAACCUUGGCAUUGAAUCUUUCAGCACUUUUGUUAAUAACUUCUCUCUGGUCUGCGCUUUUAUUUUGGUCACUGCUUUGCAUAUUGUGUUGAAAGUGAUUCCUUGGUUUAAAAAUAAGAACCAUCCCAACUGAGUCAUUAGAAACAUCGCGAUUAUUAGAGAUAAAAUUAUUGACAUUAUUUUCUUUGGGGUUUAUGCUAGGUUAUUAUUAGAAGCCCAUGAAACAAUGGUUAUUUCAUCAGCUUUGGAGAUCAGAGAGUUUGAUACAUCAUCAGCAUCUAUUUUCUUAUCUCAUCUUAUAUCAUGGGUGUUUCUAUUGCUAUGCCUUAUUAUUCCAACAUUCGCUUUGUAUUUAUUUUAUACCCACAGAAAUCAGUAUGACCCUGAAAAGAAAACCCCAACCAUGGAGUUCUUUGAGGGACUUAAAAACAACAAAUGGGCAAGAUUUUACAGUUUCUUACUGUUGUUCAGAAGAGUCUUGUUUGUAUUAAUUGUUAUCUUCAUGUCAAGGAAUGUACACAGAGCUUACAUAUACUCAAUCUUGCUUGUAGCUCAGCUAGCCUACUUCGGAACUUUGAUCUAUCUAAGACCAUUUGAAGAACUGCAAGAUAACAUCAUCGAGCUGGUCAAUGAACUUUUCUUAAUCGGGGUUAUCUGUUACUUGUUUGCCAUGACAAGUGGUGACAAAUGGACUAAUUCUGCCACUUCUUGGUUUAUGAUUAUUCUGACGAUAAAUUGCUUGAUUGUACUUGCAAUCAUGAUCUACUUCAUGAUUGUUAAUAUUAUAGUGAAAUGUAGAGAAUGGAGAAAGAGCAAAGAGAGCUCAUCAUUCAGCCACUUGUCUGUACAAGAAGAGCAUGCUCCAGAAACAGAGAAUAGGGAUGUGAGAUCUAAAAGCAGAGCUGAAAACUAUGCAGAGGAAGAUCCUUAAAAU